AUGACUACUACUACUACUGCAACUACAACCACAUCAGCUCCAGCAGUACCUAAUAGACCUACUACCAUGGGUUCAGCGUAUGGUGGCCUUGGAACAUCAAGUUAUGGAGGUAUGUAUGGCUCAAGUUACAGUAGCCCUUACAACCGAUAUGGGUACGGAGGAGGAGGAUACGGAGGCUAUAAUAACUAUGGAGGAUACGGAUCGACAUAUGGUGGCUAUGGAAGUACGUAUUCGCCCUACAGUCGAUUUGGAGGCUAUGGAUACAAUCGUUUCGGAGGAGGGGGAGGCAUGUUUGGCGAAGGACCCGACAAUAAUAGCUUGACGCAGCGUAUGGAGGCAAGCACCCGUGCGACGUUUGACGUGAUUGAAUCGAUCGUUCAAGCAUUUGGAGGGUUUGCACAGAUGCUCGACUCGACCUAUAUGGCAACCCAUUCUAGUUUCAUGGCCAUGGUAGGUGUGGCAGAACAGUUUGGAAACCUACGGCAUUACUUGGGCAACAUAUUCAAUGUAUUUGCUUUAUUAAGAUGGCUCAGACGAUUGUUUUACAGAUUGAUCGGUCGAACGCCACCAGCAGAACCUGCUGAGGAUAAUGAAAGAGAACCAUUACAAAUAACAGAAGACGAGCAACCACCAGAAGCAGUUGCCCCCAGCAACAGUAAUAAAAAGCGACGAUCUGUUAUCUUAUUCCUGGCCAUUGUCACCGGUUUACCCUAUGUAAUAUAUAAACUAAUUCAAAAGUCGCAUGAAAGAAUGAAGGAACAGCAACAGCAACGAAUGAUGAUCCCUCAAUACGGUGGGCCUAUAGAGACGGCGAGAGUUAUUCAUGACUUCAUAGGAGAGAAUCCGAUGGAAUUGACGAUUCGUAAGGGCGAUCUUGUCUAUAUUUUAUCUAAAAUAGAUCCUGCCACAGGCUUACCGUGUGAUUGGUGGCAAGGAAGGCUACCCAAUGGAGCCAUUGGAAUCUUUCCAGCAAAUCAUGUAUCUGUUUAUUAA